AAUCGUUAUCGAAGCCUUCAGCCUGCACACACAUUUCAAAAAAAUUUAAACGCCCUGAAAAUAACUUCCCUCAAUCUACAUAAAGCGGCUGAAAAUGGAAGUGUUUACCUUUGAGAAAUCGUUUUUGGAACGCCUUAAGGAGGCCGAGGACGUCCUCUCGUGGGAGGGAGCCGUAAUGCCCGCCUCUCAGGUGAGAUCUGAGUGGAAAUCCUACGUAGAGCUAAAGAUAGAGCCUGCAGGUUGGCAGGCGAUUUGGAAAAUACCGCGCGUCAUAUGUGAGGAUUUAAAAUUGCGCUAUCCCACAAUUGUUUACGGCUACGUGGAGCAGGUGAUCUUCGAGGAACUAAAGGCGGUCUUUGUGGUCACCGCUGUGCAGGACAACGAUGUCCACCUACCGGAGAGCAACGAGGUUUCCCUAGUGGAGUUGUGGCCCACGGUGCAGCAGGAGAACUCCGCCCUGAACGUGGACACCACGGCGGAGUGCAUCGAUCGGUUGAGGUUCUUCUACACGCACAUCUGGAUGCCCUGGGACAAGGACUACGACGAUGACCGCGACUGGGUGCAGCAGCAUCUGGAGGCUCGCAUCCAGUUGGUUUGCGAUCUCAACAAGAAUCGGUUGCCCCGUCCACUUGCUCUGCACAUGCGCACCCUCCUCGCUGAGGCUAGUUACAUCCAGCAACGCCUAGACUUCCUGGAGCUGGACCUCAGCGAUGCUGAAAGCGACGACGAGGCCGUGGAACUAAAUGACAAUGCGGCGGAACCGGCGAGGAAGCAGCCAAAAACGAGCCGUGCCAAUAGCAGUCUCAACGCGUCUAGUCUGCCGGUGACUGAUCUAAUGUGCCUGCACCUCCGCAUGGCCAUCAUAAAAAGCGAAUUCGAGAUCCUGGAGAAUCCCGAGAUGAGGCGGGCCUACAGUGAAUUGCAGUCGAACAGCAUAAAGCGACUUCGCAGCUCAUUCGGUAGUACGCGACAAGCAGAUGAUUUCUUGGCGGAACGGACACCAAUUAGCCAUGUCGUUACCGCGCCGGGUAAACUGCAGCAGCAGUUGGAUCUGCUUACGCUGGCCAAGUCGAUGGUCAGGGCGGAGUCGCAAGUACAGUUGGCCAACACGCUGCAGGAUGUGCUGAGCAACUGCCAGAGCAACGACCACAUACUACUUUCGCCCGGCGAGCACACCAUUAAAUUCCUGGAACACCUUAACGACAACGGCAGUUUGAGUGGACUGAUCCAACCGGAAGCGAUCCUGAAUCCCACUCUCGACCUUUCCAAGCUGCCAGUGGUGGGCUCCAGUGAUGAGGACAGCACUCUGCUGGUUAUUGAUGGAGACUACACCCUGUCGCAGCUGGUCCUGGAUUGUCGCCACGUCCGACGAGGCAUUCUGCUGCGCCACGGCACCUUGACGAUGCGCGGAUGCCGCCUGCUGGGCGACGGUAACUCCAGCACCCAGGAGGGAAUUGUCUGCAUGCCGGGGGCCAGUGUGGAACUCAAGAGCUGCCUCAUCGAGAACUUUGCCGUGGGUAUUUCAAUGCGACCGAGAUCUUGCGCCGAGCUGGGAAACGUACAGUUGAAAAACUGCAAGACCGGAAUGGAGUUGCUGGAGAAGACAGUUUCGCUGAAUCUGCAGGGAAGCAAGUGCAGCUUUGACAGCUGUAAAGUGGGUAUCAUGGCCGAGGGUUUCGCCUUGGGAGUGGGAAAAACAGAGAAGGUACUGGUUUUGAAGCAAUUUAGCGAACUUCAGCAGUUCUUCGAGGACAAUUUGCUUGGCAAUUGCAGCUUCAACAAUUGCGCGAAAAAUGUGCGCGUUUUCAACGAAUCCGAUCAGCUGCUGGCUCAGCGAUCCUAUCAGCGACUUUUGGAGGUGGAUAUUGAGGGUGAAAACAAGGAAAACAUUCAACUUUCGUAGGUUUGUCAAAUUCUUACUUAAAAUUUACUCGACUUUAAUAAAACCUAUAUCCAUUAAAUAAAUGUAAAUCAUAUUAUUUUUCCGAAAACCAAAACAUUGCUGUCAAUAAAAAUUAUACCGUUAAGAUGCCCUAUUUUAAAAUAAGGUUGCUCUUUUCAAAAUAAUAAAGGCCAUAAUCUUAUUAUCCAAUUUUUAGGAUACAUAA